AUGGGAACAGAAAACCAAACCUAUUUUACUGAAUUCAUCUUGCUGGGCCUUUCUUCAGAUCUCCAGACCCAGACCAUGCUGUUCAUAGUAUUUCUCAUCAUCUACCUGCUGACUGUGUUUGGGAAUCUGCUCAUCAUAGUGCUGAUUCACACUGAUUCUCGACUUCAUACCCCAAUGUACUUUUUCCUUAAAAAUCUGUCAUUUACUGAUCUCUGUUUCUCUACAACAAUUGUCCCCCAGAUGCUAUUCCAUUUGCUGGUAAUGAGAAAGACCAUCUCCUUUGCUGGGUGUUCAUUACAGAUGAUUUUUUUCCUAGUAGCUGGAGCUACAGAGAGUUCCCUCCUAGCUGUGAUGUCCUAUGAUCGCUACGUGGCUGUCUGCAAGCCCCUUCACUACUCUACUAUCAUGACCCAGAGAGUCUGUGUCCAGCUGACCAUAGGAUCUUGGGCCAGUGGUACACUGGUGUCUCUAGUAGACACGACAUUCACUUUAUGUCUCUCAUACCAUGGACAGAACAUAAUUAAUCAUUAUUUUUGUGAACCUCCUGCACUCUUGAAAUUGGCUUCAGAAGAAACCUACAAAGCAGAAAUGGCCAUCUUUACAAUGGGUGUGGUCAUCCUCCUUGGUCCUCUCUCCCUUAUCCUUUUCUCCUACUGGAAUAUUAUCUGUACUGUGAUUCAGGUACAGUCAGGUGAGGGGAGGUUCAAGAUCUUCUCUACCUGUGGUUCUCAUUUCAUUGUUGUUGUCUUCUUCUACGGCUCAACAAUAUUUACCUACAUGCGUCCAAUUUCUAAGAAAAUGAAUGAGGGGGAUAAGGUGAUCUCCGUGUUCUACUCAGUCAUAACAUCGAUGAUGAACCCAUUCAUUUACAGCCUGAGGAACAAGGAUGUGAAGGAGGCAUUUAGGAAAGUAUUUGGAAGAUAG